CCAAGCCAACCACCAAGAACCGGAUUACCAUCAAAGUUUAAUGAAGAUGAAGGACUACCACUCACUAGGAGGAGUCAGCAGCAGCAGAAGAAGAGACUCACUGGAUGACUCAGAACUAGAGGAGGGGGAGGAUGACGAAGACUACAUCAUCAACCAAACACUACUCAACCACCACCAACUAACACCCAACAGCCACUCACUACUGCCCAGCCCAGCAUCACAGAAGAACCAACAACAACAACAACCAGCACCAGGACUAUUCAGUUACUCAAACAAGAACAAGAACAAGAAAUCAACCAUCAGAUCCAUCUCAUCCAUCCUCAUCCUCGGCUCACUGGCAAUCGGCCUACUCAUCUGGUUCAACCAUCAACCCACCACUAACAACAACAACAACCAAUCCACUCUCAGCACUAUCAACCCAAACAUCUUCAAUCAAUCCCCCGAUGGCCUCGCAAGGAUCUCCCUCAACGACGCCCUCGCAGGCCGAUUCUACGUCAAUCGUCACUCCAUCAGCUGGUUAGAUGAAGCAGGCGAUGGGGUCUACUCCGAAAUCACUUCCACUGGAAUCAUCCUCAAGGAUCUCAAGAACAAUUCUACCAAGCCACUCAUCCAAUCACACGAACUAGUAGACCCCCAGCAUCGACCUAUCUAUCCUGAAGCUUUCACCGUCUCAUCCGACCUCAGAUACAUCUUGGUCUCCACUAACUCCCAGCCACAGUGGAGACACUCCAAAUUCAGCCAUUAUUGGAUCUAUGACACCUUGCAGCGUACCGUCACUUCUCUUCGUCCGGACAUUUCACCCGACGAACCUCGUAUUUCGAUUGCUCUAUGGUCCCCCACCGGUCACUCGAUUGCUUAUGUCCUCGACAAUGAUAUCUAUCUGCUCACUUCUCCCGACCAAGUUCACUCUCCACUCAGAAUAACUAUCACCGGUACGCCCACGAUCUUCAAUGGGAUUUGCGAUUGGGUUUACGAGGAGGAAGUCCUCGAAGCCUCAGAAGCACUUUGGUGGUCUCCAGAUUCCAAUAAACUGGUCUGGUUGAGCUUGGACGAAUCAAACGUACCGAUCUACGAACUCAAAACUUACAACCCCACCAGUACAGUCGGAAACACCACUCCAUAUCCAAACAAGACCAAUAUGAAGUAUCCCAAACCGGGCUUCAGUAAUCCGAUCGUCAGUGUCCACGUCUUCGAUAUACAGGCCCAUCAGGAUGCCAUGGGCAACAAUCCCGUCAAGGAUGCCGUCAGCCAACUUGUGCUCAACUCCGAAUUCAAUGAUGACGACCGAAUCGUCAUGGAAGUCGCCUGGGUCUCCGGACACGAACUGAUCGUCCGUCAAACCAAUCGGAUCGCCACUCGUGAAAAGACUGGCUACUUCGAUCUGUCCCAACUUGCUAGCUAUCGAGCUGUCUCCCCUACCACUCAGGGAAGAGUAGUCAUGGACCUCGAUUUUGUGAAAUUCGAUGGUGGAUGGUCUGAGCCGGGACAUUUCAUCAAACCGAUCAUAACUGGCAAGGACUUCGCACCCGGUUAUCUAGACAUCCGCAUCAAUCAAGCCGGUUUUCGCCACAUCGCUUACUUCUCACCUCCUGAUGCCCAGUCGCCAAUCUUCUUGUCCGACGGGGAAUGGGAGGUUGACGGUAAAAUCUCCGCGGUUGAUUUCGAGAAAAAUUUGGUAUACUUUGUUGCAGCCAAUCCGAGUAUGGAAAGACACUUGUAUUCAGUCAAGUUGCCUACAAAAGCCGAGCUUAAUCAAUUGAGAACAGAAAAAGUAGCCGACUUACGAGGGGUCUCCCCAGUCACACCAAUCACUACUGGGGUUGGAUACUACGACGUUAGUUUCUCCAGCAUGGGCGGAUUUUAUCUUUUGAGCUAUAAUGGACCAAGCACACCUUGGCAAAAACUCGUUAAGGUCGAAGAUCCUACUUUUCAAAUCUUAGUCGAAGAUAAUUCAGCUUUGAAUACGACUUUGAGUAAGUAUGCUCUUCCAACGGUCCAUUACACAUCGAUCAAGAAUUCAAUUCAACAAGAUAUGAACAUUCAAGAGAUUCGACCGUAUCAGAUGGACUUGUCCGGAAAGACUAAAUAUCCGGUCUUGUUCAAAGUAUACGGUGGCCCGAAUUCACAGACGGCAUCCAAGAAAUUUGGGAUAGAUUGGAGUUAUUUCUUAGCCUCGAGCAUGGAUUAUUUAGUGGUCUAUGUUGAUGGACGAGGGACUGGUUUCAAGGGUAGAGAGUUCCGAGUUGGUGUGCGUAACCAACUUGGGAAGAUCGAGGCACUCGAUGUUUCGACUGCUGCUCAAUAUUACGCCGGUUUGGAAUACGUGGAUCCAGAGCGUAUCGGUAUUUGGGGCUGGAGUUACGGCGGUUACUUGACUUGUAAAACCGUCGAAUCACAUUCCAAGGACUUCUCGAUGGCUUUGGCUGUAGCCCCCGUGACCGAUUGGCGAUUCUAUGACAGUAUCUACACCGAACGGUACAUGUCUACGCCUGAGUUGAACCCGCUCGGAUAUCAAACUUCGGCUGUCAGUCGAGCCGAAGGCUUUGGGAACCUAAGCUUCUCUUUGGCCCAUGGUUCUGCCGAUGACAAUGUCCAUUUUCUCAAUUCUGCGAGUCUCUUGGAUCGGUUGACCGGCAGCCACAUCCAUGGAUUUCAAUUCAGAAUGUUUCCCGACUCGGAUCACAGUAUUUCGGCUAGAGGUGCUUAUAAAGAAUUAUUUGGCUGGAUGACCGAUUUCUUGCUUCGCCGAUGGGGCCACGGCCUCGCUUCUUCGGUCCAUCUGAACCAGACUAUUGACAUAGAUGCCCUACUCAAUUGAUUUUUGUUUCCUCGCCUGCUUUGAAUAUCAUCAUCAUCAUUUUGUUUUUCUCAUCCAUUGACUUGAUUUAUUUUCAUCGUUCUUUUUUUUUUUUUCUGCAUGGUUGGGUUUUGUAGUACUCUUUCUCUCAGUUUGU